AUUAAUGCCAGCAAUAAUAAUGUUAAAGGAAGCAACAUCAAAGGAAAUGGAAUAUAUCGACCACCAUCCAAACAAAAUAUAAUGAAGAUAAUGACAACGAAAAAACCUCAAGAAGAAAUUUAUGAUCAUACAGAGAUUACACCGAUGAGAAAUGAAGAAAAUGUUGAUAAUAACACCGAAGAAGAUACUGAAGAUGAUAAUGAUCGAAUUGAAUCUGAACCAAGCAUAAAUAAACGUAUACCAAUAUCAAUAUCGGAUAUUGAACAACAACGUAUCGAUAAUGAUGAUCAAGGCAAACAUUCAAUAAUAGGACGUCGUUUAUUGAAACGUUCAUUGAACAUGAUGAUGAUGAAAAAUUCUGAAUCAAAAUCAAAAAUUGAUAAAAAACAUAAUCAAGAUGAUGAUGAAUCAACCAAAUCGAUAGAUAAUAAUAAUAAUAAUGAUAAUGAUCAACAACAGAAUUGGUGGGCAAGAAAAGAUUUACGAUUAAGAAAAUUACAGAAAAAAUUAGAUCAAGAAGAAAGACAAAUGAUGGAAUUAAUGUAUGGAUUUUCACUUUGAUCAAACAAACAACGAUGAUGAACGAUGGACAAAAUAUUGCAUAUUCAUUUCAGGAAACAUUUCAAAUUCCUAAACAGAAUCUUUUUGUAUGCAGAUUUUC